UUAUGGCAACUCGGAAGAAUACGCCGUGGUCAAACGAGGAGGUGCAGACUUUCCUAUGUUUGGUUGCCGAAGAAAGGAUCCAGCGAGAGCUUGAUGGGGCAACUAGGAACGAAAAAGUGUAUCAAGAAAUCUCCGAACUGCUGUCCACACAUGGCUACAACAGGACUUUCCAGCAAUGUAGGGAAAAGUUAAAAAAACUGAAAAGUGACUACAGAGCUGUAAAGGACCACAACGGCCGCAGUGGUUCAAACCGAAAAAGCUGGAAGUGGUACGAACAGAUGGACGGUAUCUACGGCCAUAGACCGGCGAGCAACGGGAGGGAGGGUGGACUUGACUCGGCCACCAGUUUGUUGGAGUCGCUGAUGGAGGAUGGACGGAGGAAACGAAAGAGGGAACAGGAGCAUCUGACUGUCCUGAGGGAGAUGCAGACAUCGGAUGUCGAGCAGCUGGAAUUGAACCGGGCACAGCGGGAGCGCCAUUUACAGAUGGCACUCGAUGAUGCAGCACAUGCCCGAGAACUAGAAGCGGCUUUAAGGAGAGAGGAGAUGGCUACAAUGUCGUCCUUCAACCAGGCCUUUCUGGGAACCCUGAGCCAGCUUGUCCAGGCACUGAACCGGCGGGAUGCUGUUCCACCGCCCCUGGACUGAAACCCCUUUGUUUAUUUUAAUUUAAUGUUUGCACUACAUGUAACAUAUGUAUAUAGUUGGAUGUGUGAAUUUAUAUUAAUAUUAUAUUUUUUUCUAUUUGUAUGCGUGUUUAAAUAAAACCUUUUUGA